AUGACAGUAACCACCGCUUCGUGUCGAGACCUCUUCGAAGGGAUCAAACGACAAAUUGUGGAGAAACUGGAAGUGAUUUGUGAACAGUAUUACGUGCAAUACUGUACUCUACUCGGACAUUAUGUCACUGCGAUCAGAGAUAAUGUGAUCACCCGUGACCGUAACCAACUGAUGUUCGACAUUGCCUCGUUCGAAAUCGGAAAAUUCAUGGAAACCCAGAGAAGUCGUCCGGAAAAACAGAAGGAAUUCCAGAUUCUCGUGGAUAUCAUUCACAAAUCGAUCGGAGAUAAAUUGAACUUUUUGUAA